GGCAACUUCCGGUUUUCCCUCGUGCGGGAGUCAGUCGUCCGGCAACAGGAUCUCUUAUACGGAGACAUCCAAAGACAAGGCGGAAAGGGAGGAGUACAGCUAUAUACCCAAGGGUGAACACCUUUCUGAUUGUAAGUCCGAAGAUAUAGAGGGAGAAGAAGAGACGUAUGUGACUGAUAUGAAGGCAGAAUAUAGAGAGGGAGAAGAAGAGACGUAUGUGAUUGAUAUGAAGGCAGAAGAUACAGAGGAAGAAGAGACGUAUGUCACUGAUAUGAAGGCAGAAGAUAUAGAGGGAGAAGAAGAGACGUAUGUGACUGAUGUGAAGGCAGAAGAUAUAGAGGGAGAAGAAGAGACAUAUGUGACUGAUAAUAAGACACAAGAUAUAGAGGGAGAAGAAGAGACGUAUGUGACUGAAAUGAAGACAGAAGAUACAGAGGAAGAAGAGACGUAUGUGACUGAUAUGAAGGCAAAAGAUAUAGAGGGAGAAGAAGAGAUGUAUGUGAGGGGAGAUCUGAAGUGUAAGGAGGAGGAAAUGCCUACAGAUAUCAGCACAGCAGAUGGAGGCACAAGCAGGAAUUCCUUGGAGGGAGAUCUCAUCUUGUCUGCAGAUAGUAAAAUAGAAGAGAACAUCACACAGGAUUCUCCAGGAGACAUCCCCAUUAAUCUAACUAUACAUCCAGUACCUCACAGUGCUGAUACUUCAUCUGAUCCCUCUAAUCGCGAUGACUGUUCAUCUAAUACCUCAGAUUUUGUUACACAUCGUGCAGCUCAUACACGUGAUAAAAUAUUUCCCUGUUCUGAGUGCGAGAAAAGUUUUACACACAAAUCACAGCUUGUUACACAUCUGAGAAGUCACACGGGUGAGAAACCAUUUACAUGCUCUGAGUGUGGGAAAAGUUUUCCUUUCAAAUCACGGCUUGUUACACAUCUGAGAAGUCACACAGGUGAGAAACCAUUUCCAUGCUCUGAGUGUGGGAAAAGUUUUAUACUCAAAUCACGGCUUGUUACACAUCUGAGAAGUCACACAGGUGAGAAGCCAUUUCCAUGCUCUGAGUGUGGGAAAAGUUUUCCAUUCAAAUCAUGGCUUGUUACACAUCUGAGAAGUCACACAGGUGAGAAACCAUUUCCUUGCUCUGAGUGUGGGAAAAGUUUUCCACUCAAAUCACAGCUUCUUAUACAUCAGAGAAGUCACACAGGUGAGAAACCAUUUCCUUGCUCUGAGUGUGGGAAAAGUUUUGCACGCAAAUCACAGCUUUUUAUACAUCAGAGAAAUCACACCGGUGAGAAACCAUUUCCAUGCUCUGAGUGUGGGAAAAGUUUUACACUCAAAUCACAGCUUGUUAUACAUCAGAGAAGUCACACAGGUGAGAAGCCAUUUCCAUGCUCUGAGUGUGGGAAAAGUUUUGCACGCAAAUCACAGCUUCUUAUACAUCAGAGAAAUCACACAGGUGAGAAACCAUUUCCAUGCUCUGAGUGUGGGAAAAGUUUUAUACUCAAAUCACGGCUUGUUAUACAUCAGAGAAGUCACACAGGUGAAAAACCAUUUCGAUGCUGUGAGUGUGGGAAAUGUUUUUCAGGCAAAUCGUAUCUAGUUAAACAUCAGAAAUCACACGGGUGUAAAGCAUUAAUACUCAGCCAAGAAUGGGAGAAUAGCCUACUCAAGUGCUCACAGGAACUAAUGCAGAUACUUAUCAAACACAAUAAUUUGGUCUUGGAAGGUUGCACUAGGGAAAUCGAAAAGACUAGUAAGGCAUUGGAAAAGUGGGAACAGUACAUCAAUUUCCAAACAUCCUUUGAAAAGUUGAAAAAAGAAUUGGACAUAUAUGAGAAUACCAUCAUUGAACGGAAGAGGAAUACAUUUUCCAGGGACAAAAGAGACUUCAACAAUGAAAUUACCCCCUCCAUACCGACUAUUGAAUCGCCUGAGGAAUUAGAAGCACUGAAUAACCUGGAAGAACUACUUGAUUCAGCAACAACAAAGAGCACUCAUACUCAACGACAGAUCUGUAGAAAAAAAUCAACGUUUUUCCCUAAUGACACCACCUGCCCAGAGGUAAGAACCUUUAUUAAUUUGGUAUCCAAAGAUCUAGACAAACUGUACAUAAGGAAAAGGAGGUUUAGAACUACAGGAAAUCUGUCCCCUCAAGCUAGACAUGCCCUUAAAGAAAUAAAAUCCUGGCAAGAUACAAUAAUUAAACAGUCGGAUAAAGGGGGCAAUGUGGUCCUAUGGCCGAAAGAUCUGUAUGAAAAAGAGGCUAAAAGACAGCUUAAUGAUACCAACUGCUACAGUAAGAGUCUGUUUGAUCCAACGCAAAAUCUGACGGUGCAAUAUAUGAGGAUCAUUGAGGAAGCCAGGCACCAGGGUACGAUAACGCAAGCAGAAUAUGAUUUUCUUAAAAUCCACAACCCCAGAGUACCAACUUUCUACUUGUUACCCAAGAUACAUAAAAAUCUACUGAAACCACCAGGACGCCCUAUUGUUUCAGGUAAUGGAGGACUAUUGGAGAAGGCCUGUAUAUUUUUAGAGAUCCAUCUGAAAGAACUUGUAACUAAUCUACCUUCUUACACCCGAAACACUACAGACGUACUAAGAAAAAUCGAGAACAUAUCCUUGGAAGAUACACAUCUCCGGGUAAGCCUUGAUGUUGAAGCUCUUUACACAAGCAUCGACCAUGACCUUGGUAUAAAAGCAGUCAGAUACUUCCUACAGACCAAAGGAAUGGAUGACUUCCAUGAAUUCCUCUUAAUUCUUCUAGACUUUGGCCUAUGUAAAAAUUACUUUACGUUCAACAAUCUCUUCUACACCAAGGAAAGAGGUACAGCUAUGGGGGCGGCCUGUGCCCCCACAUAUGCUAACCUCUUCCUGGGUUGGUGGGAGCAGGAAGUCGUCUUUCAUGAAGACCAAGAUCAUUUCACUCAGCACAUCGUCCUUUGGACUCGAUAUAUUGACGAUAUUCUCAUGAUUUGGGAGGGGUCACAAGAAGAACUUUCUCAAUUAUUAAUUUUUCUGAACAAUAACACUCUCAACCUCAGAUUCACAUACGAGCAGAGCAAGGAAAGAGUGAUUGUGCUGGUCCAUCAGUCCAAAAGGGGCAGAGGUUACUACUCGACACUGUUUCUUGUUCCAAACCCCAAUGGGUCUCACCGGCCUAUUCUCAACCUCAAAUCAUUUAAAAAGUUUGUGAGGGUAUCCAAGUUUCGCAUGGAAACUUUGCGCUCAAUAGUUCUGCCUAUGGAACCUGGAGACUUCAUGGUAUCCCUGGAUUUACAGGAUGCCUAUCUGCAUAUUCUUAUUGCCAAGUUGCAUCAGCAGUUCCUGCGGUUUACUAUUGGCAGCCUUCAUUACCAAAUCCAGGCUCUGCCGUUUGGACUGACUACAGCUCCUCGUGUAUUUACCAAGAUUAUGGCUGUUAUGACAACCCACCUUUGUUGUCAGGGAAUACGAAUUUUGCCGUAUCUGGAUGAUCUUCUGCUACUGGCGAAGUCACAGGAAGUUCUCAGACAUCUCCAACUGACAGCUUCCUUCCUUCAGACAUAUGUUAACCUGGUGGCUACAGGAUCAGCAAUUGAGUGUGGGUUGACUGUUCUGGAUCCCGAGCUUGGUUCUGCUAACAACGGAUGCCAGUCUUCGAGGUUGGGGAGCGGUGGCAGAGAAAUGUUACUUUCAGGGUCAUUAGACCAGGGAAGAAUCUCUUCUUCCAAUCUAUACACUGGAGUUGAGAACAGUGUUCUACGCUCUCUGGCUCAGCCUCUUCUGCAGAACAUGCCAGUUCAAGCUCACUCCUGUCCAGAGUUCUCCGGAAGUUCAAACAAGAAGGUGGAAAUCUCAUUCUGGUCGCUCCAGUAUGACCCAGACACUGGUUCUCAGAUAUCCAGGGACAUCGGAAGAGCAUCCCCUUCUACUUCCUCAGCAACAGGACCUCCAAUGGCAGGGCCCUUGUCUUCAUCCGAAUCUUGCCAGACUAGCUUUAUCGGCGUGGCGCUUGAAGCUUCACUCCUCAGGACUAAAGGAUUCUCAGAGGCCGUCAUUCAAACUAUGUUGAAGGCCCGGAAACAGGCUUCUGACAGAAUUUAUUAUGCUUACUUCUCUGGGGCUAUACAUAGACCCACUAUAUCAGCUUCCUGGGCCCCAAAGGCUAUAGAAGCUUGGGUGCAAGCACUUGAGGAGGAACUGCCUAUGGAUAUUUCUGACGAAGGCAGAAUGUAUCUAACUCAUAUUAAAACUGUUUCUUAUAUUCAGGAAGCAUCUUCUGAGGCUGGAGUGUUGGCCGCAAAGGCGUCUGCUACGUUCAUCCUGGCACGCCGUAUUCUGUGGCUACGUUUCCGGAAAGUGGACCUGGAUUCCAAGAAAACCUUGGAAAUUCUUCCCUUCACAGGGGAUAUUCUAUUUAGGGAAGAACUAGAUAAAAGUGUUACAUCCUUGGCGGCAGCCAAGACAGCUUUUUUGCUCCUAACAAACCAGGGAAGAGUCUCGCUUGCCAAUCAAUGCGCUGGAGUUAAGAGCCCGCCCUCUUCUACAGGACAGAUCAGUUCAGGUCUAUUUGAAGACCAUACUGAUAUUAAGACAGGAGCUCUAGAGAGAGAAGAAGAGCUGUACUUGACUGAUAUGAAGGCAGAAGAUACAGAGGGAGAAGAAAAGACGUAUGUGACUGAUAUGAAGGAAGAGACGUAUGUGACUGAUAUGAAGGCAGAAGAUAUAGAGGGAGAAGAAGAGACGUAUGUGACUGAUAUGAAGGCAGAAGAUAUAGAGGGAGAAGAAGAGACGUAUGUGACUGAUAUGAAGGUAGAAGAUAUAGAGGGAGAAGAAGAGACGUAUGUGACUGAUAUGAAGGUAGAAGAUAUAGAGGGAGAAGAAGAGACGUAUGUGACUGAUAUGAAGGCAGAAGAUAUAGAGGGAGAAGAAGAGACGUAUGUGAGGGGUGAUCAGCAGUGUAAGGAGGAGGAAAUCCCUACAGAUAUCACCACAGCAGAUGGACACAAACUCGGGAAGGCCUUGGAAGGAGAUCUCAGUUUGCCACCAGAUUUAAAAAAAGAUGAAAACAACAAACAAGAUUCUUCAAGAGACCUCCCCAUUACCCUAAAGAUGCCCCCAGUACCUCACUGUGCUCCUAAAUCAUCUGAUCCCUCUAAUCAUGAGGCAUUUUCUCCUGACAACUCAGUUAAUGCUACAUAUAGUACAGCUCAUACACACGUUAGAAUAUUUCCAUGUUCUGAAUGUGGUAAAUGUUUUAAAAAGAAGGCAGCUCUUGUUAUACAUGAGAGAAUUCACACAGGUGAGAAGCCAUUUCCAUGUCCGGAGUGUGGGAAAUGUUUUACGGCGAAAUCAAACCUUAUUUCUCAUCAAAAAAGUCACACUGGUGAGAAACCAUUUCCGUGUUCUGAGUGUGGGAAAAGGUUUACACAGAAUUCAUAUCUUGUUACACAUCAGAGAACACACACAGGGGAGAAGCCAUUUGCAUGUCCUGAGUGUGGGAAAUGUUUUACAGCGCAAUCAAACCUUAUUUCUCAUCAGAAAAGUCACACAGGUGAGAGACCAUUUCCAUGUUCUGUGUGUGGGAAAUGUUUUUUAUGGAAAUCAUAUCUUGUUGCACAUCAGAGAAGUCACACAGGUGAGAAGCCAUUUCCAUGUCCUGAGUGUGGGAAAUGUUUUUUAUGGAAAUCAGAUCUUGCUGUACAUCAGAGAUGUCACACAGGUGAGAAACCAUUUUCUUGCUCUUUGUGUGGGAAAUGUUUUACCAACAAAUCGGAUCUCGAUACACACAAUAAAACUCACACAGGAGAGAGACCAUUUCCUUGCUCUGAGUGCGGGAAAUGUUUUUUACGGAAAUCAUCUCUUGUUUCACAUCAGAGAAGUCACAUAGGUGAGAAACCAUUUCCAUGUACUGAGUGCGGGAAAUGUUUUAAUCUGAAAUGUAAUCUAGUUGUACAUCAGAGAGUUCACACAGGUGAAAAACCAUUUCCAUGUUCUGUGUGUGGGAAAUGUUUUACACAGAAAUCAUUUCUUGCCACACAUCAGAGAAGUCACACAGGUGAGAAGCCAUUUCCAUGCUCUGUGUGUGGGAAAUGUUUUGCCAACAAAUCAGAGUUUGCUACACACUAUAAAAUUCACACAGGAGAGAGGCCAUUUCCAUGCUCUGAGUGUGGGAAAUGUUUUUUACGGAAAGCAGAUCUUGUUGUACAUCAGAGAGUUCACACAGGUGAGAAACCAUUUCCAUGUCCUGUGUGUGGGAAAUGUUUUACAACACAAUCAUAUCUUGCUACACAUCAGAGAAGUCACACAAGUGAGAAACCAUUUUCAUGCUCUGUGUGUGGGAAGUGUUUUACACAGAAAUCAAUGCUUAUUACGCAUCAGAGAAAUCACAGGUGAGAAGUUGUGUAUAUCAAUAAACUGCUAAAAAUCUAAAA